GGGCGCUUGGGUGAUGCCAACGACCUGAUCCCGCGCCUCCACCUCGUCUCGCCCGACACUCUGCCGCUCCUUUGCCCUCUUUCCUUCCCUCUUUUUUUGGAGUGUCUCGCAGCUGCGACAGCCACGCGCGCCCCCGCCGCCUGCUACGCCAAGUGUACAGAAGGGCAGGGCCUACUUCGUGCUGUCUUUUCUGUCCUUUUCCUACCCGACCCGCCCUCGCCCUAGCCUCGCCCCGCCCACACCAUGAGCUCCCGCCAGUCGAAGGUAUCCACGUCCGAGCUCAAGCUCCGGAGGCUCCUCGAACACAACCAGCGGUUGAGGGAGGACCUCGCGAGACCCCGCAUACGUGUUAGCGAAGCCAGUGUGAGCUUGAUCAACUAUUGCAAGAACACACAGGACUACCUCGUACCAUCAGUAUGGGGAACCGUUAGCAAAGCGGAGGAUCCGUUUGGUGCACCACAACCAUCGAAUGGCUGCGGAUGCGUCGUCAUGUAGUCACCUUCGUGAAAAUCGCUGCAUGCAGCAGCAGCCUCACCCCUACCUCCGCUUGCGCCCGCGCUACGAGCCGCCUCUCAAAUAUGCGCACCCUGCUCUCCGCCGCCUCGCGACCCUACACUUCUGACGCGCCGCCCCGUCGUAUGUCGUGUCACCCCGGACAGUCACAUCCUCAGCAUCCGCAUUCAGCUUGCACUUUGGCAUUUCGCAUUAGUACAUAUGGAUAACCCUAUGCAUCCUACUUGGUCUUCGCCGUCUUAGCUCGUCGUUACUGCUUUGCAUUAGUACACGGAUCGCGUCCUUCAUUCACAUGUAUACCUACGCCGAGUUUCCCGCCUCCCCUAAUGCACUUCGUUAGCACGGUGGGUGAUGGACU